GCCGGAGUGAACUUUGAGCAUGUCAAGCCAGAUUACGUGAAAGGUUUGUGUGGUUCAUUGAAAGAAGAUCCCAAACAGAAGCUACCAGUCAGAGUUCAUCCCAUUGUGUUUUUGCCAGACACAUUUGAUGCUAGAACACAGUGGCCAAAUUGUCCUACAAUUAAAGAAGUACGAGACCAAGCAUCGUGUGGAUCUUGCUGGGCGUUUGGUGCAGUUGAAGCUAUGAGUGACCGUUACUGUAUUGCGUCUGGUGGUGAUACAAAUGUACAUGUAUCUGCAGAAGAUUUGCUUACAUGCUGUGGGUUUGAAUGCGGUGCAGGGUGAGUAUCUGACUUCACAUCAAUUGUAGUAUGUCAUAACUUUUCCUGCAUUCUGUUUUGCCUUAAACAAAUAUGAAUUGAAAUUUUGUUUCACCAUAAAGUUUGUAGCAAGAAAAUAUUUUCAUCAGUUUGUCCAGUCGUUGGCUUUACACACCUGUUAGAUUUUUCAAGGUGGUCCUUGGUAUUAGCCAACCCAUUACUUUUAC